GGGAAAUAAUCAAUGAACUUUUUUAUAGUGAUAUAUUUGACUGAUGGUGCCAGAGCCAGUCAGUAUCAGAUUUAGUCAGGAAGAGAGAGGGACAGGAGAAGGGACAUGCAAUUCACUGGGCAGUUGUUUAUUUUAAAUUCAUAUAGAAAGGGCCUCAUACUCUUCCGCAAUUUCCCUGGAGGCUCUCUUGAACCCUAGACAAGAGUUCUGUCCUUUUUUGGACAUAACCCAUUUAUGGAAUACAUCUUAACUCCAAGGACAGCAAUAUUUAUACAUUCCCAGAGGAAAUUCAUGCAGUCUUCUGCAGCUGAAAACAGGAACUCUUUCAGACAAACUAGUGCCAAUUCAUUGGACCUCACAAGCUAGAAGACUGGUGUGUAAUUACAUGUUAAAUGACAGACCAUAAUGGACUACCUAAACUUCUCGGUCUUCAGUGUGCAUGAUCCCUCAGACACACUCUUCUGUUAUGACUCCAUCAACGGAUCCUGCCGGAGAAUCCUGAGAUCUCUCGACGUCCAGAUUUUUAUGUUCAUCACCAUGGCAAUUACCAUCUUGGUGACAGUUACAGGGAACCUUCUUGUCAUACUUUCUAUAGCACACUUCAAGCAGCUCCACACGCCGACCAACCACCUCAUCCUCUCUCUGGCCAUGUGUGACUUGCUGCUGGGCAUUUUCGUCAUGCCUCUGAGUGCCCUGCGUUCCGUACAUGGCUGCUGGUACCUUGCGGACAUCACGUGCAAGCUGCACACGGGCAUGGACAUAAUGCUGAGCACGGCCUCCAUCUUUCAUCUCAUGUGCGUGUCGGCUGAACGCUUUUGCGCCGUGUGCAGCCCCCUGACGUACCGCUCACGCGUUCGCUCCACCACCGUCUUGUGCAUGGUCACCGCCAGCUGGUUCAUCUCUGCUGUGUUUGCCUACACCAUGGUCUUCAGCGAGCUCAACCUCAAAGGUGCUGAGGCCUUCUACAACUCCCACGUGCGCUGUGUGGGUGGCUGCCACGUGUUCUUCAGCCGGGGUUCGGCCGUGGUCACCUCGAUGGUCUCCUUCUUCAUCCCCGGCUUGAUCAUGUUCGGCAUCUACUCCAGAAUCUACGUCGUUGCUAGAGGGCAAGCGAGGUCCAUUGACUUCUUGACCAAUCAGCUGAGGAUGGCCAGCCACAGGCCGGGGGAGUUCAGGUAUCGCACACGGAAGGGUACAAUGACUCUCGCUGUUGUGGUUGGAGUUUUCCUAAUCUGCUGGACCCCCUUUUUCCUCUGCAAUAUUAUGGACCCUUUCAUUGACUUCAGUAUACCGCCAGCGUUAAUCGAUGCCCUGGUUUGGUUCGGAUAUUUGAACUCUGCUCUGAAUCCCUUCAUUUAUGCGUUUCUGUAUCCUUGGUUCAGAAAAGCUUUGCAGAUCAUCAUCAGUGGGGAGGUUUUUAACAGAAAUAGUUGCAGAAUACAGCUGUACUCAUGA